UCAUCCUGUACCCGUAAAAGGCCAACCCGAACCAUGAUUAAAAAACUGGAGGAGACCUUGUUUACCCGCACAAAGAACGAACAACCCAGAACAACGUUGCCACCAACCAUUACUCCAGCUUAGAGAGAGAGAGAGUGAGAGAGAGAGAGAGAGAGUCAAAUUGAGCCCAAACCGCCCCAAAAAACACCCAGAAAUCCUUUAUAUCUAAUUGUAUAGACUAGUCUAAUUAUUGCACAUGUAUACCUGUAUCUUCACAUAAAAAAUAAAAAAUAAAAAACUUUUGUAAUUUCUGGGUCUCUAUUGAAUUAACUGGCGAAGGUCUUGCUUGUUCAAACUUCAAACAAUAGUAGUUUCCAUCAUCGGUCGUUGGGCUCUCACUUUCGGCCCAACCGAUCGGCGUGAAGGUCUGCGUCGCCGUUGUUGGGUCGUUAGCUCUUUAUUGUUGACUCCACUAAGCAACCUUCUCCCUCCUCCAACUCUCUCUCUCUAAAACCCUCUUAUGGGUUUCAUUUAUUCUCUCUCUAAAACCCUCCUCCAGUUAAUUGGGGAAAAUCGCAGAUGAAUCGGGCCGGUGCCGACGAGUGUAUGGCGAAAUGUUCGGAUUCUCCGGGGUUGCAGUGGAAGAGAUUAGGGUUUGUGGUUGGUUUCUUCGUCUGUUUCGUGUUUUUUCGGCCUGCCUCGGGGCUGAGGCCUUUAAGAGAGAGGACUCGCUCGUGGGGCGAUGAGUGGCUCCCUGUAAGAAAAGAUGAUAAUGAAUUUGGACCAUUUUCUGCUUGGAACAUAACAGGGACAUACCGAGGGUCUUGGAAGUUCAUAGACUCAGCCAAUAGCUCUUCAAGAUUUCCAGAUUUUAAGAAAUCCAAUGGCAAUUCCAUCAUUGAGUUAGUUAGUACACCAACAAAAAUAACUGGUGUUCACUAUGUCCAGGGGGUGAUUAUUUUUCAUGAUGUGUUCGACAAUGAACAUGAAGUUGGUGGUGCUCAAAUCAAGGUAGAAGGAGUAUAUAUCUGGCCGUUCAGACAACUUCGAAUGGUAGCCAACAGCGGAAAAGAGGGAGAGUUCGGCCAAGAAGAAGAUUAUAUAUUAUCCAAUCCAUAUCACUUGCUAGGAGUGUUCUCGUCUCAGGUAUUCCAGGAGUCUCCUCGGGACAAGAUUUGGAAGAGGAAACAUUCACCAAUGUAUGACAUGGAGAAACGUUGUAAUAUAGAAAUUGCUGCUCAAAUUUCUCGUGUAUCGGCAACCCAAAAUGAUGGUGAUCAUGAUCGCUAUCACAUAGAAGGAUUAAUGGAAAGUCCUUCAGUUGAUGAUGAUGGAGAUUGCUUCUCCCCCAUGCUGUUGAACACUACUUCUGUUAACGUUGAGGUUUAUUACAACAAAGCAGUCAACUACACCUUGAUGGUCACUUUUGUUUCGUUCCUUCAAGUUCUUCUGUUAAUACGGCAAAUGGAACAUAGCAACACACAAUCUGGGGCUGCCAAAGUUUCAAUAAUAAUGAUUGGGCAACAGGCUAUUAUGGAUGCUUAUCUUUGCCUUCUACAUCUGACUGCUGGGAUCCUAGUUGAGUCCCUGUUUAAUGCUUUUGCAACUGCUGCUUUUUUCAAGUUUGUUGUCUUUUCAAUAUUUGAGAUGAGGUAUCUUCUUGCUAUAUGGAAAGCAAGUAGGCCUAUGAAUAGCGGAGAGGGCUGGGAAGCCAUGAGGCGUGAGCUUUCUGUUCUUUAUAGCCGGUUCUAUGGGAUACUUUUAGGUGGCAUUUUGGUCAUGUACGAGUUUCAUAAAUUUUUGCGGCCUAUUCUUCUCCUUAUACACUCCUUUUGGAUACCUCAAAUCAUCACCAAUGUUGUUCGUGACUCAAGGAAACCAUUGCAUCCUCAUUACAUAUUAGGCAUGACUGUCACAAGGCUGGCUAUUCCAUUGUAUGUCUUUGGUUGUCCUCACAACUUCAUGCGCAUUGAGCCGGACAAGAUUUGGUGUAUUUGUUUGGGUGUAUUCCUGGGAUUCCAAGCAUCAAUUCUUCUUGUACAGCACUAUCUUGGAUCUCGGUGUUUCAUUCCUCGUCAGAUCCUACCUGAGAAAUAUAGCUAUUAUAGAAGGUUUGAGCAGGAUGGAAAUUAUGCCACCGACUGUGUCAUUUGCAUGACUUCCAUUGAUCUCCCUCAACGUGCUAAUGACUGCAUGGUAACGCCAUGUGAUCAUUUCUUCCACUCUGGUUGUUUACAAAGAUGGAUGGAUAUAAAGAUGGAGUGUCCAACUUGCCGGCGUCCACUCCCACCAGCCUAAGAAGAUCAUAUUACUUUAUGCUUUAUAUCUCUGGAUUACUGACAUGGUGAAACCUGUUAAUUGAGGUGGCAAAAAAUUGUAGAUUUUUCAGCAGCACAUGCUAUCAUUAACAUAAUAAAUCUGGGGGUUUUGCGACUACGCAACUGUUUGUAGCUGGCUUCAGUAAUGUUGUUUGUACGAUGUGUAUUAUAGUUCCUGUUUUUCGAUGCCAAGAUGUAAAUCUUCCGAUAGUACUUUGCUGUACCGCUACACUUAUUUUUCUUUCUAAAGAAGUAGGUUAAUUCUAGGUUACUGCAGAAAACCAAAAGCAGUUUGAAGCUGCCAAGUUGAUGUAGAUAUCCUUUUUCCUUUUCUUUCCUUCCUCUUUCCGUAUCGUUGUAUCAGUGUACAUUUAUUGUAAGGGUGAUUGGAUUUUGGAAUGUUCACCACAAGUUCACAAA